CUCUUACCUCAGCCUAUACCUCUUUUUACAUGCUGCCAUGGCCUCCGGUCUAUAUACUGUUAUCGCACUUCUCUGGACUCUUCAAGAUGGUGGGACUCUCCACGUGGAUAAUGACCAUCUAAUCAAGAUUGCUUUUGCCAAUGAAGAAAUUAUUGCACUCUGCAAAACAAACAUAAUUUAUAAACCAGAUUAUACAACAUUCAUCCUUAGCUAUUAUCGGAUUGACUCGGAAGGCAAGGAGAUCACAGUCAUGAAAUCUCAAAAGUCUGUGGAAAUUCCUCCCGGUCGUGAGAACAAGUCAGAGACAUUAUAUUAUGAAUUUAAAAUAAAGCCUUAUAUACAUUCCUCUGUUUCUGGUACCUACUACUGCAAAGCUCUUUGGAGCUUUAAAAACCAAGUAAGAAGGGGAAGUGGGACAUUUAUCCUUUUCAGAGAAAAAGGAUAUACAGAGCCCUCUCUUACCAUGUGGAUGUGCCUUAUCACCAUCACCAUUAUUUUGGCUGUUGCAAGCAUCAUGGGAACUGUCCUGCUGUUCUGGAAGAGAGAGUGGAGACAGAUCAAGAAGUGCCCUGCUCAGAGACAACACCCUCCACACACUUCAGGCAGCUCAGAACCCCCAGAGCCCUCAUAUGCUGAAUUAGGACCACGGGAACCUGAUGUCUAUUUUGCCAUUAAUAAAAGUACAGGUAGUCCAUUGCACAAAAAGGUGCCAGCAGUCAAGGUGUCUCGACAGAAAACGCAAGAAAUCACAGAUGUGUAUGAGAACAAUACAGCAGAUUUGUAUGAGAACAUCUAAGGAGAGAGAGCUACACUGCACAGCCCCGCCUUUCUCCAGAGCUCAGAAGAAGGUUCUGAAUUCUCAACAUGGAACAAGUCAUACAUGUUCUAUAAAGCAAAAUGUUCUACUGAUGUAGAUAAAGGUAAUACUGAUACAAUCAACACAUGGAGCAGCCCAGUAUUGUUCCUAGAAAAUCCAGCUCUUUGAGACACAUGCUUUCUACUGAAGAGAAUGGGCUAAUAAAGUGGGAAUGGGAGCAUCAUGCAAGAACAGAGAUUUGGGAGAAGAA